AUGACAUUACGUGGUUUUCCCCAAAGUGCUGUCCUUACCGAUUUUGGCAAUGAAAAAGGUGAUGAUAUCCAGGCUCGUCAAUUCUUCGUUGGUGGUAAUUUCAAAUUAAACGGUUCUAAACAAUCUAUCAAAGAAAUUGUUGAAAGAUUAAACACUGCUCAAUUAGAUCCAAACACUGAAGUUGUCAUUGCUCCACCUUCAACUUAUUUAGAAUAUGCUGUUUCUUUAGUUAAAUCUAAACAAGUUGAAGUUUCUGCUCAAAAUGCUUAUACUAAAGGUUCAGGUGCUUAUACUGGUGAAAUUUCUGUUGAACAAGUUAAAGAUGUUGGUGCUACUUGGGUUUUAUUAGGUCAUUCUGAAAGAAGAACUAUUUUUAAAGAAUCUGAUGAAUUCAUUGCUGAAAAGACAAAAUUUGCUCUUGAUCAAGGUUUAAAAGUUAUUUUCUGUAUUGGUGAAACUUUAGAAGAAAGAAAAUCUGGUAUUACUGAUUCAGUUAACCAAAGACAAUUAAAAGCCGCUUUAAACUUGGUUAAAGAUUGGACUAACGUUGUUAUUGCUUAUGAACCAGUUUGGGCUAUUGGUACUGGUUUAGCUGCUACUCCAGAAGAUGCUCAAGAAACUCAUAAAUCAAUUAGAGAUUAUUUAGCAAAAGAAUUAGGUCAAGAAGUUGCUGAUUCUAUUAGAAUCUUAUAUGGUGGUUCUGCUAAUGGUAAAAAUGCACCAACUUUUAAAGAUAAAGCCGAUGUUGAUGGGUUCUUAGUUGGUGGUGCUUCAUUAAAACCAGAAUUUGUUGAUAUUAUUAACUCAAGACAAUAA